AUGGCUGAUCAACGUGGUGGAAAUAAAUCCAAAGACGACAAGGAAGGAGAAGUGAGAUUCAGAGGGGUGAGAAAGCGGCCGUGGGGGAAGUAUGCGGCGGAAAUUCGCGAUAUGAAUAACAACGGAGCGCGGUUGUGGCUGGGGACAUUUGCCACCGCGGAGGAGGCCGCGAGGGCCUAUGAUCGAGCUGCUUUUGCAACGAGGGGUUCUUUGGCGGUUCUGAACUUCCCCGAGGAGUACCCUUCUUCUUCCUCAUUGCCUUCAUCAUCAUCAUCAUCAUCAUCACACGUGAACCCCAAUGUUGGCAGAGAAGUGAUUGAGUUCGAGUACUUGGAUGAUAAGGUGUUGGAAGACCUUCUGCAGGUUGAAGAAAAUAAGACCACCAAGAAAUAA